AUGGUGCCUGUGGACACAUCACGGUUCACACUAUCUGGACAAACAUCUGAGAACAGACCUGUGCUGGAUCCAGGAGGAGGAGUUGUGGGUUGUGGAUCAGGAGCUGGAAGCAAAACUUUCCUCUUUGAGUUAGUGCUGCAAAUCCUGCCCUUGUUGACAAGGAUGGUGACGCACGCAGGAGACUUGGUGGCCUUCACCAUGGCUAGAUAUAGGGUCGAUACAGCAGCUCCUGCUUCGUGUGAACUGGAAAAUGUGGAUGUGGCGGGUGAAAAGAGCUUACGGGGGAGAAACGGGCAGGCAGGGAAAAUGCCUCUGGAGCGUGUUGUGUGUCUGCACAGUCGCAAAUUUGCACGCGUACAGCGCGGCAGCACCUCCCCCCCGCGUGCAUCCCCGUUGCGUCGGAAGGCGUACGCACAGCGCGCAGAUCUGGGCAUAGACUUGAUAUCAAGAAGAGCUGCUGAGGCUGCGUGCGUGAGGACACCGUCUGUGUACGCGGUCCUUUCGAAAGCUCCAAGUGGCCGGAGGCAGGUGCAGAGCCCCAGCGUGCUGAGCCGCAGAGAGCAGCCCGCUGCAGUAGCCGUCCGUCGGGAAGACGUCUAUGCCAAGAGACGUCGUCGGAGAGUGGUCGAGCAACGUCCCCCAAGGAUUGCCGAUAAAGUGAUCCACCGUCAGUCCGUGAGACUGGGGAGGACCAUCAAGCUCCUGUGCCCAGUGGAGGGGGACCCCCCACCUCUCACCAUGUGGAUGAAGGACGGACGCACUAUCCACAGCGGCUGGACAAGGUUCCGAAUCCUUCAGCAAGGGUUGAAAAUCAAGGAGGUGGAAAGCGAAGAUGCGGGAACCUACAUUUGCAAAGCCACCAAUGGCUUUGGCAGCACCAAUGUGAACUACACCCUCAUCGUGAUUGACGAUGCCAGCUCAGGAAAGGAUAGCCAGGUACCUGAAGGCUCCAAUGGAGAAUAUGAAGAUCAUUCUGGGAAGCAAUGGGCCCGGCCCAGGUUCACGCAGCCUGCCAAGAUGAGACGGAGAGUGAUCGCCCGUCCUGUCGGCAGCUCCAUCCGCCUGAAGUGCGUGGCCAGUGGGAACCCACGGCCUGACAUCACGUGGCUGAAGGACAAUAAACCUCUCACAGCCCAAGAGAUUGGGGAGAACAAGAAGAAGAAGUGGACACUGAACCUGAAGAAUCUGAAGCCAGAGGAUAGUGGGAAAUACACCUGCCGAGUGUUUAACAAAGUUGGAGAAAUCAAUGCAACAUACAAAGUUGAAGUAAUCCAGAGGACGAGGUCCAAGCCCAUCCUGACAGGGACGCACCCCGUCAACACGACAGUAGACUACGGUGGGACCACAUCCUUCCAGUGCAAAGUCCGCAGCGAUGUCAAACCUGUCAUCCAGUGGCUGAAAAGGGUGGAGUAUGGCACAGAGAGCAAGUACAACUCAACCAUCGACGUUGGGGGACAGAAGUUUGUUGUGCUGCCCACGGGGGAGGUCUGGUCUCGUCCCGAUGGUUCCUACCUGAACAAACUGAUGAUUACUCGAGCCAAGGAAGAGGAUGCAGGGAUGUACAUUUGCCUAGGGGCAAACACCAUGGGCUACAGCUUUCGCAGUGCUUUUCUCACAGUCCUGCCAGAUCCCAAGCCUCCGAGUGCACCUGUGCCCCCUUCCUCAGCCAGCAGCCUGCCCUGGCCCGUGAUCAUUGGCAUCCCCGCCGGAGCCGUCUUCAUCUUCGGCACGAUCCUCUUGUGGCUUUGCCAGACCAAGAAGAAACCCUGCUCCCCGCCAGCUGCCGCCCCCGUGCACCGGCCACAGCCCCGGGACAGAAUCUGCGUCUCCCAGGUCCCCGACAAAGACUGCAUCUCCUCCAUAAACUAUGAGGAAUAUGUUGCCCAGCAGCAGCAUUUACUGUCGCAAGGGCCUGCACUCGCCCCGGCCAUGGCAUCCAAAAUGUACCCAAAGAUUUACACGGACAUCCACACCCACACCCACUCGCACGUGGAAGGCAAAGUCCAUCAGCACCAGCACAUUCAGUACCAGUGCUAA